CUUGACUCAUCCUCCACCUCACUGGGGCUGAGGUCCCAGCUCUGUAACAGAAAACAUCACGACUUCAGCCCAGCACAGCCGAGAACAACCCAGCCCAGAAUUCUUCUGCUCUUUCCCUACACCAUGGAGUACCUCUCUGCCAUGAACCCCAGCAGCCUGCUCAGGUCAGUAUCCAAUAUGAGCUCUGAGUUUGGCCGCAGGGUCUGGACCUCAGCUCCACCACCCCAGCGCCCUUUCCGAGUCUGUGAUCACAAACGAACCACACGGAAAGGUCUGACAGCCGCCACCCGCCAGGAACUGCUAGACAAGGCACUGGAGACCCUGCUGCUGAGCGGAGUGCUAACCCUGGUGCUAGAGGAGGAUGGGACUGCCGUGGAGAGCGAAGACUUCUUCCAGCUGUUGGAGGAUGACACAUGCCUGAUGGUGCUGGAGUCUGGGCAGAGCUGGAGUCCCAGCAGGAGUGGGAUGCUGUCAUAUGGCCUGGGCCGGGAGAAGCCCAAGAACAGCAAGGACAUCGCCCGCAUCACCUUUGACGUGUACAAGCAAAACCCUCGAGACCUCUUUGGGAGCCUGAAUGUCAAAGCCACAUUCUACGGGCUCUACUCCAUGAGUUGUGACAUUCAAGGACUUGGCCCAAAGAAAGUACUCAGGGAGUUCCUCCGAUGGACCUCCACACUGCUGUAUGGCCUGGGCCAAAUGCUGCUGGGAAUUUCCUCUACCCUUCGCCAUGUAGUGGAAGGGGCUACACAGUGGCAGCAGCAGGGUCACCUUCAUCCCUACUGAGAAGGGGCUCAGAGCUUCUGCCCUAGAGAUGGCUGUAGGGACUGUGAUGACAUCCGGUUUAGGGACCUGCAGUUAGUGCAGACUAGAUAACUCACCUGGUUUUCCACUGCCCUCUGACCCCAUCAGCAUAGCGCCUUAUACCCCUAACCUGUACCCACUCCUGAAGAAUGCUGUCCCUCCUUAGCCAUCCUCUCAGCCUCCCACCUACCCUGAAAGGCCCAACCUUUCCCUAGGCAUCUUGAUAGCACUGGUUGUUGCUGCCUCUAGAGUUCCUACGUCUCUCGCUGAGCUCCCCAGCACGCUGAAGACAGCCCUCCUGGACUUUACCUUGAGAUCUCUUAUUUCUUCAUACCCUUCCCCCGAAGAAUAACAAAGACAUUUCCAAUACAAAUAUAAAAAUGUUUAUCAAUAA